CUUUAUUUGUUUAGUCAAUUGUACUCCUUGCUUUUCAUUGUUUACUAAAUGAGAGAGUGACUUAGAGAGUUAGAGGAGAGUAAUUGGGUUUUACUAUGCACUAAUACUGACUAUAGAUAAGCCACUGCAAUGAAUUUUUUCUAGUCAUAUGAUAUCUUCUUCAAUGAACCAAUCAUUAAGCUUAUUGAGGAGAGAACAAUUAAGGAUAUCGAAAACUUUAAGGGAAUGUUCAAAGAGUUUGUCCUUGAAAGUAGGCAAGCAGGCUCAUGCAGCUGUAGUGAAAAUGGGAUUUUGGUCUGAUAUGAUUAUAAGCAAUGAUCUUGUGGAUAUGUACUGCAAGUGCCGUAGCGUCGGCAAUGCCUAUAAGGUGUUUGAUAAAAUGCUUCAGAGAAAUGUUGUUUCUUGGACGGCUCUUAUAUGUGGGUGUUUGCAUCAGGGUGAUGACGCUGAAGGAGCAUUGUCUCUUUUGUAUGAAAUGAGUUGUUCUGAUAUUCGACCAAAUGAGUAUACUUUCUCAGCCUGUUUUAAGGCAUGUGGUCGUUUGGGUAUUCCUGAAAAGGGAAUGCAAGUUCAUGGAUUCUGCGCGAAAGUUGGGUAUCAAUGGCUUCCUGUUGUGGGAAAUUCUGUUGUUGAUAUGUACGCAAAAUGUGGGAGAAUUGGAGACGCAGUUCAAGCCUUUGAUGAAUUGGGUGUGAAGAAUGUCAUUGCCUGGAAUACUAUCAUAGCAGGGUACAGCUCUCUAGGCAACGGUAAGAGUUCUGUAAAAAUGUUCCGGAAAAUGCAGAUACAGGGCGUGAUUCCUGAUGAGUUCACGUUUACAUCAGUCCUUAAAGCUUGUAGCACUCUUGGGGCGAUUUCCGGAGGCAGUCAAACCCAUGCUGCCUUGGUUACGAGAGGAUUUCCAGUUUAUGCCCAGACUGCUCUUGUGGGUGCACUUAUUGACUUGUACGUUAGGUGUGGAUGCUUGGUUGAAGCUCAGAAACUAUUUGAUCACAUUGAAGAUAGGAGUGUCAUUUCGUGGGCUUCUCUGGUUUUGGGUUAUGCACAAGAAGGUUAUUUGUUGAAGGCUAUGGACGUGUUUGGACAGCUUAGAGAGAGCAACAUACAAAUAGAUUCAUAUACUCUGUCAGCCUUAAUUGGCGUCUUUGCUGAUUUUGCCUUCGUGGAGCAAGGGAAGCAGUUUCAUGCUUAUACCAUUAAAGUUCCUUCUGGUUUAGAGCCAGAAGUUGGCAACUCAAUUACUGACUUAUAUCACAAAUGCGGUUUAAUGGAAGAAGCGGAACAUUUUUUCACUGAAAUGCUAGUCAAAAACAGAGUUUCCUAUACAAUUAUGAUAACGGGUUAUGGUAAAUUUGGUCUAGGAAAAGAAGCAGUUGUUCUUUUUAAUAAAAUGCUUUCUGAAAACCUAAAACCUGAUCGGAUAACUUACUUGGCUAUCUUAUCAGCUUGUAGCCAUUCAGGUCUCAUGAAAGAAUGUGAAGAAUACUUCUCAACACUCUGCAAUGACCGUUGGAUUAAAGCAGAGGUGGAGCACUAUUCUUGCAUGGUCGAUCUCCUAGGCCGAGCUGGGCGGUUAACUGAAGCUAGAAAUCUUAUAGGGAGCAUGCCAAUGAAACCAAACAUAGGUGUGUGGCAGACAUUGCUGAGUGCUUGUAAAGUUCACGGGGACUUGGAACUCGGAAAAGAAAUAGGAAAGAUCAUCUUGGAGUUGGACGGAAAUAAUCCAGUCAGUUAUGUUCUGAUGUCAAACCUUUAUGCAAAUGCUGGCUACUGGAAGGAGUGUGAGCAGCUGAGAGAAAGAGUAAGACUGAAAGGGUUAAGGAAAAAAGCAGGACAGAGUUGGGUUGAGAUAGACAAAGAGGUCCAUUUCUUUUAUGGAGGAGAUGAUACACAUCCACUAACUGAUAAAAUCCAUGGUUUGUUGAAAGAAUUGGAGACAAGAUUGAAACAAGAAUUGGGAUAUUGCCAAGAAGUGAGAUUUGCAUUGCAUGAUGUGGAAGACGAGUCAAAGGUGGAAAAUUUGAGAGUUCACAGUGAGAAACUGGCAAUUGGAAUGGCGCUUCUGCAUGGUGGAAAGGAAGAGAAGACGAAAGUGAUAAGGGUUUUCAAAAACUUGAGGGUUUGUGGUGAUUGCCAUGAGUUCAUCAAGGGUUUGUCAAAGGUUUUAGAGAGAGUGUUUGUUGUUAGAGAUGCUAACAGAUUCCACAAAUUCAAGGACGGGGUAUGUUCUUGUGGAGAUUAUUGGUAAUGUAGAAUGUGAUUUCAUUUAUAUCUUGGUUACAUGGAAGGACCUGUGGUAUUGACUGAUGUAUAAUCCUUGCUUGAAAGACUUCCAUAAACAAAGGCUCAUAUCAAAUGCCAAGAGGAAAACAAAACCGAUCCUAAAGAAAUGAAGUCACAUAAUGAUCCGCGGAUGAUCCUUGAUAAGGUCAAAGAAGAUUCUUUACUGUCCAUCUACAAUUUGUGACUUGUCUUACCCGAACUGAUGCUGUUUGUAUGUGAAUAAUCAGUGACGAUGAGGGUUGACCAGCCUUUCAUCCAUAUAUUUGCAGCAUAAGGAGCAGAACCUCAAUAUCAUCGCUGUAAGAAUCUGGAAAAAUAUAUCAUUUGUGAAACUUAGCCCUAGUUCACAAUGUUCUUUCAAGACCUGGUUUUGACGAUGGUUAUAGUUUGAGCUCCAAGACUUGAGAUUUUUAGAUAGAUGGGAUAACAAUAAAUACCAGCAGAAAGUCUGAUGUUAUAUCCUAUACAAGAUUUCCUGGUAACAUUCUUGUUGUUAUAACUCUCACCUACAGGAUUUUGCUGAUUUCCAUACUCAAAUUUUAUACCAGCAGAAAGUCUGAUGUUACUCAUGGAUUUUAUCCGAGAACCUGUAAAUCCCCCAACAAAGUGACCCGAUAUUGGACUAACAAUCCAAUAACAAUUAUGUAUCAUCCAUCCAGUACGAGAACCUGCAAUUGCAAUCAAAGGUCUUGGAGUUACUCUGCGCUGAAUUGGCUAGGGUUGUAUAAUUGUGAUUAGUGAGAAAAAGUGUGGAGGUAUAUAGUAGCUUCAAUGUCGACUUACCUAGAACAAGUUUCGUUAAAGCAAUUGGUUGGCAGCAUUCUUCGCCGCAGCUUAGGCUUAGCUAUUCCAUUACAUUGUACUAUAACUGUUGUACUGUAUUAUAAACAAUCAGAAAGAUAAAGUAGGAAUCUCCACAUAGAUCGAUAGAUGAGAUACUUUAAUUUCGUCUCACCAGUACUAUAUUCACAACUGUUGCACUUAACUAUACAAACGUAUUUAUAUUUUAAAAAUGAAAAAAAAAAAAAAAAAUAAAUAAAUAAAACUA